GUCCCGACAAAAGUUCAGGGCUGACGCCUGGCCCUAGGCGGUCUUUAGUUAACUCAAGAGCCGCUUAUAGGUAUUAGAGCAAUCAUGCCUGGACCGGCUCCAGCCAAGAAGCCCCUGGAAAAGGGGAAGGGCAAGAAGAAGGUCAUUGAGCAGGCGCAGGCUGUGGACUAUGUUCCUCCCCCGCCCCCUAUGCCCGGCGAUGAGGCAUUCGCCAUGCCAAUUCGUGAAAUCGUUAAGCCGGAUAACCAGCUGAAGUUGAGCGAAGCGGACCUCAAUGAGGAAGUGGCGAAAAUGCUGACAGCCAACAAUCCAGCGGCACCAAAGAACAUUGUUCGCUUCAACAUGAAGGACAAGGUGUAUAAGCUGGAGCCGAUGGUGGAACAGACCGUUGUACACUACGCUACCGACGGUUGGCUCCUCCACAAAAGCUCCGACGAAGCCAAGCGCCAGCUGGAUAUGGAGAAAAUGGAGCAGGAGGCGAGUGCCCGCUUCCAGGCCGACCUCGAUCGCGCUAGCCACGAGCAUAAGGAGCACGGGGACGUGGAGCCCCCGGAUGACUCCCGACAGCUGCGCAACCAGUUUAACUUCAGCGAGCGCGCCGCACAGACGCUCAACUAUCCUCUGCGUGAACGGGAAACUUUCACGGAGCCUCCCCCAACCGCUACGGUGUCAGGGGUUUGCAUGCAAUGGGAGAUAUAUGAUGAGUACAUUAAGGACCUGGAGCGCCAGCGGCUGGAUGAGGCGGCGAAGACGCGCGGUGCCAAAAAGCACCAGGCGGCGACACAGCACAGUGGCACAGCUUCCAAGCAGCAGGAGCAUGUGCCCACCCUGCAGAGCCAGGCACUGCUGCACAGCCUGGGCACGCUAGACCGCAUGGUGAACCAGAACAUGUUCGAGGAAGUGGCCAUGGACUUCAAGUAUUGGGACGACGCAUCAGAUGCCUUCAGACCCGGGGAAGGCUCCCUGCUGCCACUGUGGAAAUUCGCGUCAGAAAAGUCCAAGCGGCGACAGGUCACCAGCAUCUGCUGGAACCCCAUGUAUGACGACAUGUUUGCGGUUGGUUACGGCAGCUACGAGUUUCUGAAGCAGGCCAGCGGCCUCAUCAACAUCUACUCGCUUAAGAAUCCAUCCCAUCCCGAGUACACCUUUCAUACCGAGUCGGGCGUCAUGUGCGUACACUUCCAUCCGGAGUAUGCCAACCUGCUGGCGGUGGGGUGCUACGACGGCACCGUGCUGGUGUACGACGUACGGCUCAGGAAGGACGAGCCGAUCUACCAGGCGUCCGUGCGGACGGGCAAGCACAACGACCCAGUGUGGCAGGUGGUGUGGCAGGUGGAUGAGGCCCAGAAGGCUCUCCACUUCGUGUCCAUCUCCAGUGACGGCAACGUCAACCUGUGGACGCUCACCAAGUCGGAGCUCAUACCCGAGUGUCUCAUGAAGCUGCGAGUGGUGAAGGCAGGGGAGACCAGUGAGGAGGACCCCACAGCGUCGGGGCCGGCGGGGGGUUGCUGCAUGGACUUCUGCAAGAUGCCCGGCCAGGAGUCUAUCUACCUGGUGGGCACGGAAGAGGGCGCCAUCCACCGCUGCUCCAAGGCCUACAGCUCCCAGUAUCUGUCCACCUACGUAGCGCACCACCUAGCGGUCUAUGCAGUCAGCUGGAACCACAUCCACCCCAACAUGUUCCUUUCGUCCUCCGCGGACUGGACAAUCAAGCUAUGGGACGUGCAUGACUCCAAGCGGCCCGUCAUGAACUUCGAUCUGAACGACUCAAUCGGUGAUGUGGCUUGGGCGCCCUACUCGGCCACGGUGUUCGCGGCGGUUACCGACGACGGGCGGGUGCACGUGUUUGACCUGGCGCAGAACAAGCUGCUGCCGCUUUGCAGUCAAAAGGUGGUUAAGAAGGCCAAACUGACCAAGUUGGUGUUCAACCCCAAGCAGCCCAUCGUGCUGGUGGGUGACGACAAGGGCGCCGUCACUUCCCUCAAGCUCAGUCCGAACCUGCGGAUAACGUCCAAACCAGAGAAGGGACAGAAGUUCGACGACCUGGAAAUUGCCAAACUGGACGCGGUGGUGGAGAUUGCGCGAAAGAGUGACGCGGACCUGGGCAAGCACUAAGACAGGAAAUGGUGGACAGGCUGGCCAGUGCGGAGCGGAGCGGUUUGAACCUCGGCUCUUCCUGUGUUGGAAGAGCGCGGGUGUUACAUCGUAUUCCGGUUAGACGGCCGGUGUGACCUUGGACCUUGAACGGAGGUCAACAUAGUUGGGGAACUGGAAGCGGCGCUUUCCCACGGGACGCUGUCCACAGCUAGGUGGUGACAAGGGAGGGAAGUCGGGAAGGCGCACCCCGGGGCAGGGUGUUCUGUUCCCGCGGCUUUCGUUGCAUGCGUUGCCGCGUCUUCGCCCAGGUGCAGCAGCCCAACGUAGGAGGGCAUGCUCUGGACUAAUGUCGUACUAUGGCCUUGCUAGAAUGGUGGAUGCAUGUGACCGUGUAAAGUCUACCAGCACGCGACCACGGAUAUUAUGUGCAUUUUCUGAACUGAUUGCGGCAGUGUGGGAUGCGGUGAUAUCUAUCUGCCUGCCCCUUGGCUGCGUGGACUUAUGUAUGUCUGGGAGCUGGCGUCCUGUUGGCUCCAGGUCGUUGGACAGGGAGGCUUGCUGUUGCGUUUAGGUUAAGGAGGGUAGCUCUGCCUAUACCAUGCCGAGGUUGGACCUGCUGCAGACCCGGUGUGGCCCCCUGGUACAUGAUGGCCAGAUUGCACAUUAAAGCUGGAAUUGGUGGAGGGUACGUGACCAGCUGACACAAUGACAGAGCAGAUGGCGUUCAUAUACGUCUGAAGGUUUCUUUGGGACGCUGUGCACUUGCUGCUUAAAUCUGGCAGCUCAGCUCCUGCACAUUUGUAAGGACGGUUGGUUACCCGAUUACGUU